GACUGAGCGAGGUCGCCGUCAAGGAAUCCGCGACCAACGCCGGCGCCGGUGGAGUGCCAAUUUCCGCUGUUUGUCAAAAAGAUUUUCUCGCAUGGCUUAUAGAGAAUUUUAUACAAUGACAAAAAGAGUCAGUAGAUAUUUCUAUUUUUAUCGUAUUUGUACGUCCGUGUAAACAAUUUUAGAAGAGAAUUUAAUUUUUAAUUGUGAUAAUAUAGAAAAGCAAGCUAUAACGCAAUGCUCGCAAUUGCAUCAUAAAAAACAAUAUACGAUCAUCAUAAACAGAGCAAUGUUAAAGCGAUAUGUUCUGUCAUCUCGUGUCGCCUUAACCCUGCGGUUCGAAGAUUGAAGAAUUAAAUUUAAAUACCCAAUACAUAAAUGGUCGACACCGAAAGAGAACGGAUGUUCAAAGAGUACAACGAGAUUCUAGAUAAUCUAAAAGAGACGUUUUUGGAGAAGUGGAAGACGAAAGUAAAUGACAAUGCGAAACUAGAGGAUUUCGAUCGUUUUCGAACCCUCGGCGCCGGUGCCUUCGGUCGCGUUGUUCUCGUCAAACAUAAAUCAACAUCCGCGUACUAUGCCAUGAAGAUUCUCGAUAAAACGGGCCUUGUGAAGAUGAAGCAAGUAGACCAUACACGUAACGAAAAGCGUAUUCUACAGUGCAUCAACUUUCCUUUUAUGGUCUUUAUGCAUUUCUUCUUCAAGGAUAAUUCGUACGUGUACAUGGUAAUGCCGUUCGUUCAAGGUGGCGAGAUGUUCACUCAUCUCAGACGUAUGGGGAAAUUUGAUGAAUCGCUGGCAAGAUUCUACGCUGCUCAAGUUGUCUUAGCCUUGGAAUAUCUGCACCAUUGCAGCCUGAUCUAUCGAGACUUGAAGCCAGAAAAUAUUUUGAUACAGAAUUCCGGCUACAUCACGGUGACUGAUUUCGGUUUCUGCAAGAUGGUAAACGGUCGCACAUGGACGUUGUGCGGCACACCGGACUAUCUGGCACCGGAAGUGAUCCAGUCGAAAGGUUACGGCAAGGCCGUCGAUUGGUGGAGCUUUGGCGUGCUGAUUUACGAGAUGAACGCGGGAUAUCCGCCGUUCUACGCGCACGAUCCCAUGAAGAUCUACGAGAAGAUUGUCGCGGGCAAAUACAAGUUCGCGCAUCACUUCGGUGAGGAGUUGAGGGACAUAUUGAAGAACAUCUUGCAGGUGGAUCUGACAAGAAGAUACGGCAAUCUGAAGGAGGGCAGCAUGGACAUUAAGAAGCAUCGCUGGUUCCAGUCCAUCGACUGGAUCGAGAUCUAUCAUCAGAAGGUGCAACCGAGUUUCAUUCCCCAGUGCAGUAAUAGCGGUGACACAAGCAAUUUCGACAUUUAUGAUGAAGUACCGCUUGAGAUCUCCUCUUUUGAUCAGUAUAAUAAAGAAUUCGAGAAUUUCUAA